GAGAAUGUCAAGGCGAAGAUCCAGGACAAAGAGGGAAUCCCUCCAGACCAGCAACGAUUAAUCUUUGCAGGGAAGCAGCUCGAAGAUGGAAGGACACUGUCAGAUUAUAACAUUCAAAAAGAAUCCACACUUCAUCUGGUUCUAAGACUUCGAGGAGGAAUGCAAAUCUUCGUGAAGACACUCACAGGGAAAACCAUCACUCUGGAAGUCGAAGCUUCUGACACAAUUGAAAAUGUAAAGGCGAAGAUCCAGGACAAAGAGGGAAUCCCUCCAGACCAGCAACGAUUAAUCUUUGCAGGGAAGCAGCUCGAAGAUGGAAGGACACUGUCAGAUUAUAACAUUCAAAAAGAAUCCACACUUCAUCUGGUUCUAAGACUUCGAGGAGGAAUGCAAAUCUUCGUCAAGACUCUCACAGGAAAAACCAUCACCCUGGAAGUCGAAGCUUCUGACACAAUUGAAAAUGUAAAGGCGAAGAUCCAGGACAAAGAGGGAAUCCCUCCAGACCAGCAACGAUUAAUCUUUGCAGGGAAGCAGCUCGAAGAUGGAAGGACACUGUCAGAUUAUAACAUUCAAAAAGAAUCCACACUUCAUCUGGUUCUAAGACUUCGAGGAGGAAUGCAAAUCUUCGUCAAGACUCUCACAGGAAAAACCAUCACCCUGGAAGUCGAAGCUUCUGACACAAUUGAAAAUGUAAAGGCGAAGAUCCAGGACAAAGAGGGAAUCCCUCCAGACCAGCAACGAUUAAUCUUUGCAGGGAAGCAGCUCGAAGAUGGAAGGACACUGUCAGAUUAUAACAUUCAAAAAGAAUCCACACUUCAUCUGGUUCUAAGACUUCGAGGAGGAAUGCAAAUCUUCGUGAAGACUCUCACAGGGAAAACUAUCACCCUAGAAGUGGAAGCCUCAGACACAAUAGAGAAUGUCAAAGCUAAGAUCCAAGACAAAGAAGGAAUUCCUCCAGACCAGCAACGAUUAAUCUUUGCAGGGAAGCAGCUCGAAGAUGGAAGGACACUGUCAGAUUAUAACAUUCAAAAAGAAUCCACACUUCAUCUGGUUCUAAGACUUCGAGGAGGAAUGCAAAUCUUUGUCAAGACACUCACAGGGAAAACCAUCACCCUGGAAGUCGAAGCUUCUGACACAAUUGAAAAUGUAAAGGCGAAGAUCCAGGACAAAGAGGGAAUCCCUCCAGACCAGCAACGAUUAAUCUUUGCAGGGAAGCAGCUCGAAGAUGGAAGGACACUGUCAGAUUAUAACAUUCAAAAAGAAUCCACACUUCAUCUGGUUCUAAGACUUCGAGGAGGAAUGCAAAUCUUCGUCAAGACUCUCACAGGAAAAACCAUCACCCUGGAAGUCGAAGCUUCUGACACAAUUGAAAAUGUAAAGGCAAAGAUCCAGGACAAAGAGGGAAUCCCUCCAGACCAGCAACGAUUAAUCUUUGCAGGGAAGCAGCUCGAAGAUGGAAGGACACUCUCUGAUUACAACAUUCAAAAAGAAUCCACACUUCAUCUGGUUUUGAGACUUCGAGGAGGAAUGCAAAUCUUCGUGAAGACUCUCACAGGGAAAACUAUCACCCUAGAAGUGGAAGCCUCAGACACAAUAGAGAAUGUCAAAGCUAAGAUCCAAGACAAAGAAGGAAUUCCUCCAGACCAGCAACGAUUAAUCUUUGCAGGAAAGCAGCUCGAAGAUGGGAGGACACUGUCAGAUUAUAACAUUCAAAAAGAAUCCACCCUUCAUCUGGUUCUAAGACUUCGAGGAGGAAUGCAAAUCUUCGUCAAGACUCUCACAGGAAAAACCAUCACCCUGGAAGUCGAAGCUUCUGACACAAUAGAGAAUGUCAAAGCUAAGAUCCAGGACAAAGAGGGAAUACCUCCAGAUCAGCAACGAUUAAUCUUUGCAGGAAAGCAGCUCGAAGAUGGGAGGACACUCUCUGAUUACAACAUUCAAAAAGAAUCCACACUUCAUCUGGUUCUGAGACUUCGGGGAGGAAUGCAAAUUUUCAUCAGUACAUCUACAGAAAAGAUGGUCACCUUGGGAGUCGCAUCUUCAAAUACAACUGAGAAUGUUAUGGAUAAAAUUCAGGACGAAGAAGGAAUCACUGCUGAUCAACUUCAAGGGGUCACACAAACGCACAUUCCAUUAAAUUAUUCGAAAUUGAUGGUUGCUGACAAGCUCUUCGAUCAUGACGGUUUGAUGAGUUAUGUAAGCUACGGACUGUCUUACAGUUAGUAGUAACUAUGAAGAUUCACACCCUUGAGCCAUUCGCAGAGAGUUACAUCUUUGUCGGCGAUGUCUAUUACAAAUGAUAGUAUUGAUAGUCUCUUUUAUUUGUUUUUUUUUUUAUGAACAUUUCAUGUAUUCAUUAGUACUUGUUGUCGGUAUGUAGAUGUUUAUUCAUAAAUGUAUUACGAGAAUGAUAAAUUGUAUGGCUCAAAUUACUCUUAAGAACUCAUUCUUGUAAUUCGUUUGCGUUCAUUAAAGAACCAUCUGAAUAUA